GCAAGUCCGCCUGUUCUUUGGGUUCCCUAGAGCCUUAGGUGUCGGACGUUGUCGACCGCUUGCUUGGCGUCUCCUGGCUAGAGGAUGUUGACCCGGCUGAAAGCAAAAUCAGAGAGGAAGCUUGCAAAACAGAUUUGCAAAGUUGUACUGGAUCAUUUUGAAAAACAAUAUUCCAAAGAACUUGGAGAUGCCUGGAAUACAGUAAGGGAUACACUGACAUGUCCAUCAUGCUGGCAACACGCUGUCCUACUUAAUCGAUUCAAUUGCCCUUGGGAGCUGGAAGAGGAGUUGCGCUCCAGGGGCUAUCACACACUCUUCCAAGGAUCCUCACCCUACUGCCCGAAGUCAGUGAAGUGCUACGUUAGCAGAAUUCCCCACCUGCUGCCUUCGGAAAGGCACCAGGUGGGAAGCCUGAAAAAGUACUAUCUCCUGAAUGCUGCCUCUCUUCUCCCAGUACUGGCUCUUGAGCUAAGGGAUGGAGAGAAGGUUCUGGAUCUGUGUGCUGCUCCCGGGGGCAAAUCCGUCGCUCUGCUGCAGUGUGCUUAUCCAGGUUAUCUCCACUGUAAUGAAUACGAUAGUCUGAGACUGAGGUGGCUGAGGCAGACGUUAGAAUCUUUCAUCCCACAGCCUUUGGUAAAUGUAAUUAAAGUGUCUGAAUUGGAUGGCAGAGAAAUGGGAGAUGCCACGCCUGAAACGUUUGACAAGGUGUUAGUUGAUGCUCCAUGUUCAAAUGAUCGAAGUUGGUUGUUCUCUUCUGAUUCGCAGAAGGCAGCCUGUAGGAUAAGCCAGAGGAGGAAGUUGCCUGUUCUACAGAUAGAACUCUUAAGAUCUGCAAUUAAGGCGCUACGUCCUGGAGGGUUACUUGUGUACUCUACAUGCACACUUUCCAAGGCAGAAAAUCAGGAUGUGAUCAGUGAGAUUUUAAAUUCCUGCAGUAACAUCAUGCCCAUGGACAUCAAGGAAAUGGCAAGGACUUGCUCCCAAGACUUCACAUUUGCUCCCACUGGACAGGAAUGUGGACUCCUGGUGAUUCCAGAAAAGGGCAAAGCCUGGGGCCCAAUGUAUGUAGCGAAAUUGAAAAAAUCAUGAGCUGUAUGAAAUUGGUGAUGUGAAUUUUGUAAACCAUGGCAAUGUACUAUUAUAUUUAUUUUUCUGGGCUCUCUACGUGUGAACAUUUCAGUAAUUAUGGAGUCGGCUUCCCUAGGUCUGUUUUGGAAUCCUGUUAAGUUAAUACUCUAGCAUCUCAGAGUUUAGGCUUGAGAAUUUUCCAGGUGUAUAUUUUUCCUAGAAAUAUAUCCACAGCAGUGAUUUAAGGUGGUGCAGAUGGUGUUUGUUCUGUAUAAUAAAUCUGCUGUCUUCUACUUGGCAUUUUGUAGUUAAGUUAAUCUACAUGGUUUUGUGCAUAGGAUGUGUAGAAAUGCGUCCUAUCCAUGACGUUGGUACUUUGAACCAACUUUAAAAAUCCACAUUUGCUUGCCC